AUGUCUGUGUAUGGCGAUGUUGGUGGUGGAGAUUAUUGCGACAAGUUUGGUACAUUCCUAGAGAAGGCUAAACGUAAUUUCACCAUCUCUAUAGACGGGGUUUCCAUAUCAGCCAAAGAGAUCCUGGAGGUUGCUGAGAGGACAAGGAACAUGCCGGCAAAGAUGGUUGAUGAGAAGGAUUUUGUCUUUCUAAACAAAUAA